CCUCUUCUUCUCCAUAAACAAACACUGAAAUCAAUUUCUCUGUUUCCAUUUCCCUUUUCUUUCUUGACAUCACAUAAUCCAUGGCUGACACUGCUGCAGAAGUUCCCACAAGGAGGUCAAGGAGCAAAAGGGCUCUCAAGGACAAAAACUCGUCAACAAAUGAGUCCGCAAACACCAUCACCACCAAGGUCUCAGAAUUCACACCUCCAAUUUCUGAACAAGUGAUAAUGAAGGAGAACCUCGACACCACCACCACCGUUUCUCAACCCAAGAAAGGAAGAGCUGCUUCAAAGAAACAAAGCACGAAGCAGCAGCAGCAGCAAUCUCCUUCUUUUGAGAAAGAGUUGCUUGAGAUGCAGGAGAAGCUGCAGCAGCUGCACCUCGAGAAGGAGAAAACCGAGGAGCUCUUAAAAGCCAAGGAUGAGGCCCUCAAGCUCAAGGACCAAGAGCUUGAAAACCGAGGCAAGGAACAGGAGAAGCUCCAGACCGAGCUCAAGAAGCUCCAGAAGUUGAAGGAGUUCAAACCCACCAUGAACUUGCCUCUUCCGAAAGAUAAGGAACAAGACAAGAAGGACAAGAAGAAAAGGCCCUCUGCUCCUUACAUUCUGUGGUGCAAGGAUCAAUGGAAUGAGAUCAAGAAAACAAACCCAGAGGCAGAAUUCAAGGACAUCUCAAACAUGUUGGGGGCUAAAUGGAAGACAGUUAGCGCUGAAGAGAAGAAGCCGUACGAAGAGAAGUACAAUGCUGAAAAAGAAGCAUAUAUGGAGGUAAUGGCGAAGGAAAAGCGCGAGACGGAGGCACUGAAGCUGUUGGAAGAGGAUCAGAAGCAGAAGAUGGCGAUGGAGCUUCUUGAACAGUACAUGCAGUUCAGACAAGAAGCAGAGAAAGAGACUACAAAGAAGAACAAGAAAGAGAAGGAUCCAUUGAAGCCAAAGCACCCGAUGUCAGCAUAUAUCCUUUUCACAAACGAUAGGCGUGCGGCUCUUGUUGCGGAGAACAAGAGCGUUGUGGAAGUUGCGAAGAUCACAGGGGAAGAGUGGAAGAACAUGACGGAGGAACAGAAGAGGCCUUACGAGGAGAUGGCGAAUAAGAAGAAGGAGCAGUAUGUUCAAGAAAUGGAAGCUUAUAAGCAGAGGAAACAUGAAGAGGCUGCAAAUCUCAUGAAGGAAGAGGAGGAGCACAUGAAGCUUCAGAAGCAGGAAGCGUUGCAGCUCCUCAAGAAGAAAGAGAAAACUGAAAUCCUCAUCAAGAAAACAAAGCAGAAGAAGAAGCAGAACAAGGAAGAUAAGAAUUCUGACCCAAACAGGCCUAAGAGGCCUCCAUCCUCAUUCCUCUUAUUCAGCAAGGAAGCAAGGAAAGCUUUACAGGAGGAACGUCCAGGAAUCAACAUUUCCACCCUUAAUGCACUCAUUUCAUUGAAGUGGCAGGAACUGAGCGAGGAAGAGAGACAAAUAUGGAAUGGGAAAGCAAGUGAAGCAAUGGAAGUGUACAAGAAGGAAUUGGAGGAAUACAACAAAACCAUUGCUACUUCAACUGAAGAAUGAUGUGGCCUUAAGAUUUGUUGAAAUGACAUGUUCAAGUUUGGAUUGAACAAGACUUGUGUUUAGGUUUCUUCUAGCUCUAGUAGUAUGUUAAGUAGUUCAAGUUUAGAAUGGUUGAAAUGUCGUGGUGUUUAUGAUGUGUACCGUCUCAGUAAGAAAAUGGAAUGCUUAUUCUCGGAUCUAUCUUAAAAUAUUAACAUUAAAAGUCAUUAA